GGAGUUUAGAGGAAGCGGAAGUGUCAGCGCAAGCGGAAGUGGUACAGCCCCGAAUACCCCGAGCAGCGAAACGGAGGACAGCUUGAUACUCCCAUCGUUUAGAGACACAAAUCAGGACUCGAAAUAUAUUUAAAUCCGCAUCAUGGACAAGAGCGAUCUAGUGCAGAAGGCUAAGCUCGCUGAGCAGGCCGAGCGUUACGAUGACAUGGCUGCUUCCAUGAAGGCCGUCACAGAGGGCGGCGUUGAGCUUUCCAACGAGGAGCGCAACCUGCUCUCCGUGGCCUACAAGAAUGUGGUGGGUGCCCGCCGCUCGUCCUGGCGUGUGAUCUCCAGCAUCGAGCAGAAAACAGAGGGCAACGAGAAGAAACAGCAGAUGGCGCGUGAAUACCGUGAGAAGAUCGAGGCCGAGCUUCAGGACAUCUGCAACGAUGUGCUGGGUCUCCUGGAGAAGUUCCUCAUUCCUAACGCUAGCCAGGCAGAGAGCAAAGUAUUCUACCUGAAAAUGAAAGGAGACUACUACAGAUACCUGUCCGAGGUGGCAUCCGGAGACUCAAAGAAAACCACAGUGGAUAACUCUCAGAAGGCAUACCAGGAUGCAUUUGAAAUCAGCAAGAAGGAAAUGCAGCCAACACACCCCAUCAGGCUGGGUCUAGCUCUCAACUUCUCCGUCUUCUACUAUGAAAUCCUCAACACCCCAGAGCAGGCCUGCAGUUUGGCAAAGACGGCUUUCGAUGAGGCAAUUGCUGAGCUGGACACCUUGAACGAGGACUCUUACAAAGACAGCACUCUGAUCAUGCAGUUACUAAGGGACAACCUCACUCUGUGGACAUCAGAAAACCAGGGUGACGAGGGGGAUGCCGGCGAGGGAGAGAACUAAAGUCGUUGCACUUCACUGUUAAACCCACCUACACUCUCUUUAUCUUACACAUAUACAGCCCAUAAUUCCCUGCUCCAUCCACCUCACCUCUAUUCACCUUUCUGUAUGACGAGCAGCAUGAAUUGUACCUGACCUACAAGUUUUUACCCCUCAAAGAGGCCAUGAGCGACAGGGUAAUGUUUGGUUUGUCAAAGGCUGACUUGUCUCAAACAUGUUUUUUGUGUAUUUGUGGGGAAGUGCACAGGUAAAAAAGUCCAUCUUUCCCUCCUAAAAUUUUUAAAAGGCAUGUUUUCUGCAUCUAGCAGGAUAUAAUGCAUUAUAGAGUUCCCAUCCCCCCCUCUAUCUUUAUUCUCUAAAUAGUGUACUGGCAUUUGCUGUUUUUUUUUUUUUUUUUUUUUUUUCAAAAUAUUAUUAAACAGUCCAUUAAUUUAACAAACACUGUGCCGUUUAGUUUUUCCUCCUGAAUGUCUUGUGGUUAAUGGGAAUUGAACGGUUUCGCUAAGAAUAGCAGUACAAUUCUGUUGCGAACUCAUACAGAAGGGAUGAAACAGGCUGUAUUGUGACACUGACUAACAUGCAUUAAUAUUAUUGCUGUCAUGUGCGUCGUUUGAUUUGGCAUCCACGGCUAACAAUGAAAUAAAAGGGACCACCCUAGGUUUGCCAUUCCAUAUCAAUACAGUAAAAGUAAAACAUUCCAUCAGCACAUAACAUUUUACGAUCGAACAAACAGGAGAGUUAUCCUAAUGUGCUGUCUCAGGGGGCAGUCAACAUAAAGGUGCUGUUUGACAUCAGUAGACGAUUUUCCUUGUUUGUUCCACAAGUGUCAACUUGAUUCCCUAUUUGCGUAAGAACAACUCCUCCGUUUAAUAAAGAUUUAAAAUUGUAAACGCUUUUAGAGGUAAAUACAAAAUUGUGUCAAAUGUUGUAAGAUACUUGCAAAGAUACUUUUUUCUCUCUCUGUUGUUCAACCCUCUUAUGAACAUCCCUACAGGACUUCUCCAAGUCAAUGAUUGAAGUUCGCCCUUUCCAGAGUUUAAAUUUUGAUUCAUUUCUAUGUGAAUUACAGCUCUACAGGAGUUUCUAGAAAGUUUCUGUAAAAGCUGAACAGUUCCACUGAUAAAUUCUUGAAAGAACUUGAAUUUUGUGGAAUUUCACAAGCUGAGAUCGAAUAUGGCAAGAUGGUAGUUGCUUUUGAAGGACAUCGUAUAUAUACAGGGGUAGCUACUCACUCAGUGUCACAAUACCUUGUCACAUCACCAUAACAUUCCACUUAGGUGUAGAACUCAUCUGUCUCAAGCUGAAGACAAUGUUCAUGCACUGAAGGUGAAAUCUCUCUCCCCUUAGCUGAACAAAUGGCAGUAAUUCUACGCUUGAUUACAAAAAAUACAGUAGUGAAUGUGGAGCCGAGCCUGUCUGUAUAUCUGGUAUCUCCAAUUGCUUUGUUUUUACUGACCAGUAUUCUGCCUAAAGUUAGCUUCUGUGACGGUUUCAUUGCUUAGCGCGCACGUGGUUGUGAAAAUUUAGACUAGCUUAAGGAAAAAAUGACAAAAAAAAAAUACAACCUGGUUAUUGACGUAAUACUAGAUUUGUGUGUGUCUUUUAAAACGGUUCUAGUUUCACCUUACAUGUUAUAAUCAGGAAAGUGUAAAAGACAAUUUAAAGUGAAAUAAAAGUUUUAUCAGUUCCAAA